CUCACACCAUGUUUGUCUGCCAACUAAGUGAAAGUCAUUGCAAUAGCUAUCUUAAUUGAGUGCUACAGCUGAUUAUGAAUCUAAAUGUUCAGGAAUUUUCAUCGUACCUUCAACAAGUCUUGGAGACCUACCUAGCAGACUUUGAGGAGCCUGAUAACUCGAUAAAAGCUUUCCACGAACUCCUUGUAAACCUUCAUAACAAAACCAACUUCUACUCUUAAGAAAUCAAUGACUUGUCAGCUACAAAUCAGGAGAGGAGGAGAAAUUCGAACUUUGAAGAUGGAUGUGCUCUACAAAGUAAUCAAGGGUGCCGAAGCUGAAGGGAAACUGAAAACUAUCGAAGCAUUAAUUGAUGAUCAGACCUCCAAAGAUGAUGAGGAAAGUUGGGAGAAAGAAGACCAGGAGCACCAAAAUAUAUGAUGCUAUGAAUACCUCAUUGCAAAAAUCUGCACUGCAUGGGGUGAAGAUACCUCAAUCACUGAUAGAACUGCAAAUGAUUUCUUCCAAAUGCGUUAUGUAGAAUGAACAGAUGACUAUGAACCAAAAUUCGACCAAUAUUCCCUCCUUAUAGAUAUGAAUGAGCUGAUCAAGGAAUUAAAGACCGAAGAACUUCUCACUCUUGAGAAUUUCGAGUCAUGAGAGCAAAAUUUAUUCAAAAUCUUCCAAAGAAUGCACUAUAGGAGAGAACAUAGCGAAGAAGAAGAGCAGCCAUUAAUUGAUUCUCUAUCCCGACCUGAAAAUUAUUUCGGAAUAGACCAGGAAAAAGUGGCUGAUUUUAUCACUUUUAGAUUCAAAAUAGACCAAUUGAAUGUCAUUGUUGAAAAGAAAGAAAAUCCACUGAAUAAAGAGUCAAUAAGAAUUAAUAAUGAAAGAAUGUUAAAUCAUGCAGCCAUUCUCUAUAUGUUUCCUGAAAAUAUUUAUCCUCAUAACUUUGUAGUUGUAAAAACAGAUCCAUACAGCAUGGAUAUUCAAUCACCAAAGGCAACUCUAGCAGGACUCAUAUGCUACAGCUCAAAAUUCGACUCUUACACAACCUAUCUCAAAACAGACGAAGAAUGGAAAUGAAUCACCGAAGAUAAACCAGCCAACAUCCAGAAAAUCACCUCUCUCGAAGACUACCCCUCCCUCAUCCACUGCAUGAUCCAAAACCUCGAUUUCCCAGUCAUCUCCACCUACGAAGUCGUCGAAGAAACAGACAUCCUCCAAAAAUCCCCCUCAGUCACCUCCUACCUCUCCACUUACCUCCAAGAACAAAUAAUCGAACACGCAAAAACUUCAGGCCCCUUAGUCUCCACCCACAAAGACCCUGAUCCAAGCCAGCAGAAGGACUCUUCAGAGUCCUCAGCCAGGCUCAGGCCUGACUCAGGAAGACCAUAUAUACCGUCGAAGUCUAUACGUUCGAUGGUGUCACAGGGAGAGGGUGAGGAAGAAGAGGAAUUGAAGAGAGAGAAGAGUGAGGUUAUUGGUGAUAGGAAGAAAAAGAAGAAGAAAGGAGGGAUUAGAGGAUUUUUCUCAAGAUGAUGAUUUUAAGCAUUUUGGUUGAUUAAGCUU